AUGAACAAGCUGAAGCAGGUGGUGCUGCACCCAGACUUCAGGACCAUUAGCGGGAGGUUCACCAACAACAUCGCCCUGGUGCAGCUCCAGGAGGCUGUGUCCUUUAUCGACACAAUGAAGCCCAUGUUACUACCCAGCCCGCGAGACGUCUUCAGCACCGACACUGAGUGCUGGGUCACCGGAUGGGGCAACGUAGCUGUGGGGCGGCCGCUGGGUGGGAACCAGACUCUCCAGGAGCUGCAGGUGUCUCUGGUUGAUGAUGCAACAUGUCAUCAGAUUAACCCUUUCCAUACUGACAGCCAGCUGUGUGCUGGUGACCUGAGAGAAGGAAAGAGUGCCUGUUCGGGUGAUGGUGGUGCUCCCCUGGUGUGUGUCCUAGCAGGAGAUGCGGAGAGGAGGUUUGUGCAGGUCGGACUGGUCAGCUUUUGGGGGUGUGACCGAAGGGAAAACGGAGAUAUUUACACAAACGUCCUCCACUUCACACAGUUCAUCCGGGACACCAUUGAAGAGGCAGAAUGCAACAAUCUGCCACCUUUCGAAGCAUGUUUUCUAUAAGUAACUAGUGCUGCUAUCAUGGUUAAAGUCAUUCACUCUCUUGGACUAUGUGUGUCAACCUCUUCAGCUGCCCACAGGUGUAACCCUCUGCAGGGCCUGGAGGCCACAUUCAUCUUGUACUACAAACAUCACACACACACACACACACACACACAGACACACACAUAGACACACACCUGAAAUCAUUUCUUGUAGUUGCUCUGUCUGUCUCAUAUAUUGCAUUCAUCACAUAGACACAGCUCUCUGCAUGUCUGCAUGCUUGAUGUUCUUUGUUUAUUGAAAUGUGUGUUUUGCAGUUAUCGCUCUUAAAACAAAAAAGCACACAAUAAAGUUUUUAAAAAGU